AUGCGCCUACAACUCAUUGCUGCCUCCACCGCUCUUUCGUUCCCAUACAAACAGCGCAUUCUUGUAUCCCGAUGCAUUGGUCGCAAGCUCUCGAGCGCUGCCGCCCCUUACCUCCACGAGAAUGUCGUGAACGUCCCAGUUGGUAGCAGCGGGAACAUCACGUUGAGCAUCCUCUCGCCAAUAGACGAAUCAGUGUCCUGCCCCUCGAAUGUUAUCAUCUACCUACCUCCGGGGUCGCUCUUCGAACGACCACAGUAUAGAAAGAGGCAUGGCUCAUCUACCAGUCACGGCGCAAACGGUACAGAGCGAGGACCCUCCUCCCUUCUACCGCAAGAGAAUCUCGCGAUAACGACUCUAUCGACCACUGUAACGAUAAAAUAUCGUCUCGGCAGGGUGAGGGUGGACGGAAAGCAAAAGUCGUAUAGAUACCCUACACCAGUCCACGAUACACUGGCUGGGUUUGAUUGGGCAAUGAACGAGUUUCAACCAGAUAAUAUCUUUGUCUUUGGAAGGCAUAUUGGUGGUUCGUUGGCGCUUAUGCUAGCAUUGACGGAAUCCCGGCGGCUGAAGGCUGUUGCGGCAGAAGAUCCAGUGUGUGAUUGGGUGGGACUAGAUGAUUAUUGUAUCACUGAUAUCGAUACAGAUGGCAAUCAUACAUUUAAAGAUGAUGCAGAAGAACCCAAUAUCGAGCAUGAUACUUCCGUCGGAGAUGCAAACGCCAACGGGCGGAAACGCGGCCGCAAGAAGAAGGACCCUCCACCAACUCCGUCGGACCUAGUUCCCCUCCUAGAAGCUAGGAGGAGAUUCUUUCCUACGCCAGAGAAAUACUUCGAUGCAUUCUCCUCUCCAACGUUAUUUCUCCGAACCUCAGGGAAAUACAUCCCACUGACAUUCCCGCCAUAUUUCACAGGCCCAGGAUACCCUACUCCUAUACUAAAGAGGCAACCCAAAACUGAGGCUGAUGCAUUAUAUAUGACGGAUUUACUCUCAUCGGCGCCACCUCCAAGCCCAUCUUCAACGAUCGCGGAUAAUAAUGGAAAGACGGAAGAGAAUGAGCCACCGCUCACUUCUCUGAUUAAGCCUGUGCGUAGACGGAAGGUUCUUUCUCGUUGGCCGCCCUCUGGCUUGGACUACGGACUAGAAGCAUAUGAAUCGCAGAACAGAUGGGUGAAGCGAGAGGAGACAGUGCUCCCAGAUGUUCGGAUAUUCGUACAUGAUCGGGAUAUAGAAGCGAUAGGCCAGAAAGAGAAUUGUGACGAUGUUACGAGUUCAGUUGAGGAGAAAGAGGGCGAUGACCUCAGUGCUCAAAUGCAAGCUAUCAAUUUAGAUGAGUGUCAUACUGAGCAUCAGCAUACAUCCCAGCGCCCACAGUCAGGCCGUGGGCCCCAGUCCUCAUCACGCUUCCGAGGAUCCCUUCGAAAUAUAGGAAGAAUAAGCGGUGAUACUGUGUUAGCCCGUCAGGGUAAGGAGAUUGUUUCCCUCAUGCGCAAUGCGUGUUUUUGGGGGAGAGAAAAAGGAGCCGCAGAACGAUGUGUAAAGUUAGUCCCGAUAUUACCUCCUAACGAACAUCAGACAUCAGACGCUACGGGUACCGCAGCAGAUCAGGCUGUCGACAUCGUCGGAGAUGCAAAUUCUAUUUCCAGGAAGCCCGACCCUGUUGAGGUGCAAGCUGGGCAGCACUUCUUGGAUUUAUUGGGUAAAGAUCAAUCAGGGUGA